AUGGAUGAAGACUUGGAAAGUGCUCUUUUAGCCGAUUUCGGCAGUGACGAAGAUGAGAGUCAAGAAGAGAUGGAAGUAACAGAGGAAGUUACGGUUGAGGAUAAAGAGAUGGACCAAGAAGUUCCAAAGACAAAUGGUCACCAAUCUAAUCAAGAAUUUAAGCAUGAAUCAAUUGAUGAUGCUACUAAAUUAGAUAUACUUCUCAAGGGAGUAAAUGAAAAGAAAACCAUUGAAAAAAUCUUGGGAAAAUUCGAUAUUACCACGAUAUAUGAUGUCACAAAGGAUUCAAAAAUUGCUCCUCUUAUUCCAUACUUGCAAGGACAAAUAGCCAAAUAUUCGAGUGAAGAGGAGAGUGAUUACCAUAACUUAUUAGCUUCUAUAAGUCAAGAUGGUCAAUCCAGUGAAGAAUACUCGUUCAUCUUGAAGGUGAAUGACAUCACACAAGUGAUUAACGAUGAAAUAGCAGCCAUUGACUCGUUUAUCAAGAUGCAUUAUAAAGUUGUGUUUUCAGAAUUAGAAUCAUUGGUGGCAAAUGCAGUAGAUUAUGCCAGUAUAGUUCUUGUCUUGAAACAGAAUUUAAAUGAUGUUGGACGAUACCAAGACGAUUUGAAACGCAUAGUUUCCAAUGAAAAGGUAUUGGUGAUCACCAUGUCAGCAUUGCAGCAACAAAAAUCUCAACAUUUUGAAUUGGAUGAAUAUGAUUUUAACAUGAUUUGUAAAGCAUGUGGAUUAAUUUUACAAUUGAAUUCAAUUCAACGUGAAUUAUCUCAAUUCACAUCAUCUAAACUCUCAAAAUUUGCACCCAAUGUUUGUGCCAUUGUUGGUCCAAUCACAUCAGCACAACUCUUGACGGCUGCAGGUUCAUUGAGACAACUCUCAAUAACUCCCUCAUGUAACUUACCAUCGUUAGGAAUUCGAGACUUGUCAUCUGAAAGAGACAAUUUGGUUGCAAAAUCUCGGAAUGUAAGACAAACAGGAUAUUUGUUCCAUAGUGAUUUAGUGAAACAUCUCCCGGAAGAUGUAAUGAAACCAGCAAUGAGAAUGAUUAGUGGGAAAGUUGUAUUAGCUGCUAGAAUAGAUCUUGCACAAUCGUGCGCUUCUGGAAGUAUUGGAUCAAAAUAUUUGGAAGAAAUCAACAAAAAGAUCGAUAAAUUACUCACACCUCCAGAGAAUCAAGCUGAUAAGGCAUUACCUAUCCCAAUUGAGCAGAAAUCUAAAAAGAGAGCGGGUAGAAGGUUCAGAAAGAUGAAACAACGGUUUGAGAUGUCUGACCUUCGGAAGGCACAGAAUAAAAUGGCAUUUGGACAACAAGAAGAUUCUAUUAUGGAUAGUUUUGGAGAAGAAAUUGGACUUGGAAUGAGUAGAGGAGGUCAAGGAACUCUAAAUGUAAAGAUGAAUACCAAUACAAAUGCGAAAAUGUCAAAGGGAAUGGCUGCAAGACUCAAGACAAAUAAUACAAGGGAAGAUAUAGAAAGUCUUGUUUUUGCAAGACCUUCACAGUCACCAAUAGAGACUACCACAAUUACUAGGCCAAUAAAUACAAAGGAAACACAUAAUGAGUCAAAGUGGUUUACCGGAAUGAAAAGGAAAAGGGAAGAAAAUGAAUGA